CUAUCAUUGACAAAUAUAUAGGUUCCGAUGGGUUGUCUGCCAGUUGGAUGCUCUAAAGCCCCUUGGUAGGCCAAAAGCAAUCCGUAACGCUUUAAAAAGCUUGCCCAAAACUCUUGAUGAGAGCUACGACAGAAUUCUUAUGGCUAUACAGUCGGAAGAGGAAAAGGAGCUUAUCCGGCGAACAUUGCAAUUCAUCAUCUUUGCAAUUCGCCCUAUGACGAUGGAAGAGAUAGCCGAAGCUGUCGUUGUUGAGGAUAGCAGCACUGCUUUAGAUCCCGAUGACCGUUUUCAUACCCCUGAGCAUCUUAUUAAGAGUGUGAGAAGUCUUUUGACUACUACUGGCGGAUAUCUUGGUCUAUCUCACUACUCGGUCCAAGAAUACUUACAGUCUCCAAGAAUAUCGAAAGGCCCUGCCUCCUAUUUCGCUAUGACCAAGUCGAAUGCUGACGAGGAGAUUGGCCGGAUAUGCCUAACCUACCUAGCUUAUGACGACUUCAAUGCUGGUUCUUACGAAUCUUAUGCCAAAUCAGAUAGGAUUGUCGAUUAUCCAUUUCUCGAAUAUGCAGCCAAUAGCUGGUUCCUCCACAGUCGCGAGGAGCAAGCGCAGAAGAGUGUAGUGCGCCUCUUCGACAAAAUCUGGACAACGGCCGAAUCGCCAAAAUACAUGUCCUGGCACCAAGCCUUCUCGCCUUGGAAAUUUGAUAUGGGCAGGUCCACCAACCAGUCUAUUAUCUAUUAUCCCGCGUUAUUCGGUCUCCACGUACUCCUUGAGCAUCUUGUAGAUGAUGCCAAUGUGAAUAUCCAAGGUGGAUACUAUGGCCAAGCGUUACAGGCUGCUGCUGUUAAUCAAAAUCACCAAUGCUUCGAAAUUCUUCUAGAUCACGGAGCCGAUGUACAUGCCCAAGGAGGACAUUUUGGCAACGCAUUGCAAGCAUCUGCAUUCGUUGGAUGCGAGGACAUGGUUAAAGCUCUAGUUGACAGAAACUGCAACGUGAAUACUAAGGGAGGCAUAUUUGGAAAUGCUUUAUAUGCAGCAUCUAGUGGCGGCCAUACGGGUACAGUAUGCAUGCUUCUUGAGGCAGGAGCUGAUGCAAAUGCUCCAAGCGAAACUAAUGGACGUCCCUUUAAAGGACCACCGGGUUACCCACUUCAUGUAGCAGCCUCAAAUGGCCACUAUCUUACCUGCAAAGCUCUCAUUGAUAAAGGAGCGCUAGUCAACGCCCAAUGGGGGAUGUCUGGCAGUGCCUUACAUGAAGCUAGUUUUAAUGGCCGAACUCGUGUAGUCGAGUUACUGCUUGAACGAGGAGCCGAAGUUAAUGCCCAGAGCAAUCGUGGCACUGCUCUUAUAGCUGCUUGUUACACUGGCCAUGAGCAAGUCGUGAGGUUAUUGCUCAUACAUGGCGCGGAUGCCAGUAGUCAUGGAGGUAUCGAUGAUGGCACACCACUGCGGGCAGCUGCACUUGAGGGGCUCCCCAGAGUUGUAUCUCUACUCAUACAAUAUGGAGCAGAUGCUAACGAGCAAGGUGGCUUCUAUGGAAACCCUCUGCAAGGUGCAGCGUAUAGGGGCCAGGAGAGAGUCGUUGAGACUUUACUUAGUCUCGGUGCAGAUGUCAAUCGUGCGGGUGGGCAAUAUGGCAGUGCUCUACAUGCUGCGUGUCUGAGUGGGUCUAUGAUCAUUGUUAAGAUGCUCCUGAACAGUGGAGCUGAUCCCAAUUUCCUGUCUGACAUUCACGGAAGCCCCCUUCAACUCUCUACAAGUUUUAACAAAGCGGAAAUAGUGCAGUUGUUGCUUGAGGGGGGAGCUAAAGUCAACGCUGUAGGAGGGGAGUAUCAUACCGCAUUACAUGUUGCGGCGCAUCGAGGGUACGAGGAUAUUGUGGAGAUAUUGCUUACUGCAGGGGCGGACGUGGGGAUUGUCGGUGGGGAGUAUGGCAGCGCGUUAGAUGCAGCGACUUCAAAGGGGCACAUAGAUGUGGUGGAGAGGCUGAAGGAGGCAGAGCGGGAAAGGGAGGCGGUUGUACCAGAAGUGGUGCUGACAGACAUUCUAUGUCCAAGCUGUAGUGAUAGUGAAGAAAAAUUGCAGUAUAGUCAAUCAUAG